AACGAGAUCCUGAACGAUCGAAAGGCUGUACACCCGACUUCCCGAUACAUUGUGGACAUCGGAAAUAUGAGAUCAUGGAUGGUUGUGAUACGUGUGUCGUAAAAUUAGAAUGUGUUACGAUCCGAUAGAUCGUCGCGGUUUUCACGAUCAUGCAUCUCUCGGGAAGCUCGUCAACGCUUGAAGAAUGACUUAAAGUUAAAUAGAUCACGAUCCACCAUCUGACGAGGUUCGAUGCGCAAUGCUGAAUAUCGCAUUAUCCUGGAUAUGUUGGCUGUUUUGGGCGGGUCUUCCGACUCUCACAGCCCAUCCUGUGUCAUCUUCUAUAGAAACAGAUCUAUCAUACAUCUAUCCCCCGCGAGAAUGGGAACAAUAUUGGAUACAAUACACUCUCAUCGUUUUAAGCAUAACAGCCACCGCAUUUACUUUAGUCGGGUGUCUUUGCUGUCGGAAACAUAGGAGGCCCAAAGGAUUUCAGGACAAAGAAGGAAAGUGCAAUCAGGAGUUUAAAGAUGGAAACGCUAUUGGACAGGAGUCGGCAUUCGAACAUUCUAUCGAGGGUUUGGAAUUGAACGUUCCGCAUAUGCUGGCUGUUACAGAGAGAGUACAGUUCGAACCUCUGCCGGUGGAACAAAUUAUAUCUGGAUCUAAAACCGUUUCGAAACCUAAACCGUUGCCGCUGUCGACGGCAGUUUUCGAAAUACACGAUUCCGAUUCGAAUAUCUUACCGGAACAGUGUCGUGAAUGGUUCGACGCGCAGGACUUGUGUGUGCCCAGAGAGAAAUUGAAAUAUCUAAGGGAGAUCGGGCAUGGUUGGUUCGGGAAGGUCGUGGAGGGUCGCGCGGAUUUGGAAGGACAUAAAAGAAGUUCGAAAAACGGUAGCGUCGUCGUGCGAAUUCUCACGGAGGACGCGACUAUGAAAGAAAAAGCCUGGUUCCUCGGGGAAGUUACACCGUAUUUAAAACUGCAUCACCCGAACAUCUUGUCGCUACUUGGAUUUUGUUUAGAGACCGAUCCAUAUCUACUACUGUUCGAAUCCUGUUCAGUGGGUGAUCUCAAAGGUUUCUUAUUGACGAACCGUGAUAACAAGUCUCGCGAAGCACUGAACAAGGAAAACAUCCCAAUGAGAAUGGCGUUAGAUAUCGCUGUUGGCUUGAAGCACAUGCACAGCCACGGAUUUGUACAUACGGAUUUAUCUGCUAGAAAUUGUUUAGUGUCGUCGGAUCUGUCGGCCAAGUUGGGAGAUUACGGGACCGGCGUAGAAAAGUACCCGGAAGAUUAUUACGUCGUCGGAGAUCGCGCGUUGCCUAUCAGAUGGUCGGCACCGGAGAGCAUAGAAUGUACUGAUACGACGAUCGAGACUAGAGAAAUCACGUCACAAGCAAACAUGUGGAGUUACGCGAUUUUCCUUUGGGAAAUAGUUACUUGGGGGAACAGACCGUACCACGAUAAGAGCGACGAAGAAGUGAUUCAAAUGCUCUUGUCCCUAAGAACCGAUCUUUUAUCAAACGGUAUACAAGUGUUGCAAACGUACCUAGAAAACUGUCCGGCGAACGUGUAUCAAGUGAUUCAUUUAUGUCUGAAUUUAAAUCCACAGAAAAGACCGAAUUUGGAUGAGGUGAAGCAACUGCUUUUGAACGAACACACAGAAUACCUGGACUUUGAACAAAGGUGGGAAAGAUUACAGGGGAACGCUAAACAGACUCGAAGCGCUAGCUUGCAAGAUCUUCGUGGAAGCAUCGAUUCAGAUUAUUGGACUACGAUCGUGGACGAUACGCCGCGACAGUCGUCGUUUCGGCUCGGCGAACCGGUGAAGAACGUGCCGAGCGUUAAGGACAUCGUUCAACACGAAUCCAGUUCCGAAACCGAGGAAGAGAGUUGGAAGGGACGGAUAGAGAAAGGCGUUUACACGGAGAAAGUUAAGCAGAAGUCCAAGUCCGUGACUGACCUAAUGGUUCUUGUACAUAUCGAUCCCGAUUCCGAUGCGGAAUUGUCACUGGUUCAGAUAUCGGAGAAGCAUGGAAAAAAGAAAUUACCCGCUACCGGUAGCGACAGCGACCUUAGGCACAGCAGCCACAUGUCCAACGAAUUUGACGAAGCAUUAAAGAAAUUACGAGACCAUUUGCCAAAUAAUAAUUCUAGUAAAACGAAAGUGUUAGAUGCUUCAGAAGGGCCAACGCUACUGACCUUAACCAUGGAUCAAGCUCAAACUCCAAUUUUAAGAUUAUCUUUGAACGACAAGGAAUCCGUUCCCAACGUUUCGAGUACGGAAACGCAUGCUACCGAAACGCGUACCGAUAAACACGUACUGAGACUUUUAUCAAAGGGCGAUCCGGAUCUUCCUUUACUACGUUACGUACCUGAUGAUACAUCUUAUUUCGAUGGGUCGACGAAGCAGAACAAUGAGUCCCGAUGCAAUGAUACGUCGCGACACGAGAACACCGACGAAUCUUGCUUCUCUAAUAAUUUUACAGUUAAUUUUGGGGCUGAGGGCGAUUUAGUCGAUGUUGAACUUUGGAAUCAUGCAUUGGAUUCUGCUUUAGAAAAGAAAGUACCUGGUUUCUUGGGCGAGGGUGAAUUUAACGAAUAUACGGAGUUUAACUCUAGGGACGGAAAUAUUUUAUCCGAAUUAGCCACGUCCACGCCAGACUCUCCGCGAUCACGGACGCAAUCCGUGAGCGAUAAAUUUACCAAUGAAAAAAAUGUAGAUACAGAUCGGAGAUGUUUGCCAAGUGAGACGAAGGAGAUGAACGACGAGGAAGAGGAAAGGAAGCAGUUGUCUACACCCGACGAUGAACAGAGUUCUGAUUCUGGAUUUCGGGAUAAGGAAUCGUGCGAGGAAGAGGAGAAUCUAUACGCGUCGGUUCCUUCGACGUCCGCUAAUAAUCCCGCGGCGAAUGUGCCAAUAUCUACUGAAGAGGAACAGUUACAGAUCUUAUUCGAAUUGGACACUAUUCUCGAUGCUGAAUACUACGCGACGCUUCCUGGAUCUGAUAAAAUUACCGACAGCUUCUCUUCGAUAAAUCAUUUAGAAAGUAAGAUUUUUUCUACGAACGAAGACGAGUCUGAUUCCAUUCACACUAUAGAUACCGUAGUUGAAACGGAAAGUAACGAGAACCUUCCUCUCAAUGUCAAUUUAGUAGAAAGUGACGCGGCGAAGUCGUCGGUAUCGGAAGAUGAACAAGAAACACGGAACGUGAUUGAUACUGGAGAUAAAAUUGAAUCAAACGAUUUAAACGAUACGAAUUUUGUUUCAGAAUACGUAGAUUUAAUGCAGCGUAACGUACCGUCUAAUGUAGAAUAUUUUAAUGAACAGAAGGAAUCGGAGCAAUAUUUAGGAAAUGAGAACGAGGCGGGGAUUGAAAUUGAAGAAGAGAUUUUAAAUAGAAAUAAAUUUGAAGAUGACAAUAAAUGUGAAAAUAAUAAAGGUACAUGCGGGGAGAAUGUUGAAAAUAAGAUCGAAGACAGAGAUAAGAAGGACGAGAACGAUCUUCAGGAUGAACUCGAGUUUAGAAAUAAAAACGAAAUGAGGAGGGCAAAUGAAGAUGAAAAUAAAAUUAGUGUCACAAAUAGUUUUAAAGAUAGAAUUGUGAAUGAAGAGGAAACAGAGAAUGAAAAUAAGAACGAAGAUGAUAAUGAAUCCGAGCACAGGGAACAUUACGAACGUGAGGAAAGGAAUGAGGAUGAAAACGAAGACGAAGAUAGUUCUACGAUGAGUAUGCGUAGCGAUAAUUCUUACGUGUCGUUCGAUAUAGAGGAAGAGUUCGUAACAGCAAUAAGAAAUGAGCUUUUAGAAAAAUUACCGUGUGCUCAGAUGGCUGUCGUGGAACCUUUAGAAGCUCACGACGAUGACGAUAAUCCCUCUGUAUCUAGCGACAUGGACGGUAAACAGUGGGACGAUGACGAUAGCGAGGAAUCUUCUAAUCAAGGUAGCGGUGGAGUGGGUAUUUCAAUAAGGUACAACAUAUACGACUCUCCUCUCAGUCCGAUCCAAGAGGAACGCGAGAGUACUGUUAACUCGGAAUCUAUAAUAUCAAACUCUAAGGAUGCAUCGAUCGCGUCGAAGGAGUCAGACGACGUGUUGUUGGUCGAUACUCGAACGAACAAAAUGAUUUUGCUGGAAGGUUUGGGAGAGAACCUGCAGGACGACGAACGAGAUACAACGAACGGAGAUCUUUCCGAUGAGGAAAAUUUGGAUUACAAUUGUUCGGUGGUUCGCGACGAGAAAUCGCGUCUAAUGAUCGUGGGCGGUGGAGCACCUUUGCCGAGUCCGGAAGAGGAAUCAAAGUGGCAACAGUUACCUUCGUCUUUUCCGUUACCUCUGCCGUUACCAUUGGAAGACGACUUGAUGUCGACGAGUUUUGGGAUAGAACAUGCGUGGGCCAGUCAGGACGAGGAUGAAGACGAAGAGGAGGAGGAGGAGGAGGAAGAGGGAGAAGAGGAGGACGAAAACAAUAGUUCCAGUUCUGGAGAAUUUGUGUGGAAGAGAUACAACGAACCGGACGUCGAACAAGUUCAAAUUCGCUCAAGUAACAACGAAGAAUCAAUGGAAGACGAAAUAGAUCAAGAAGGCGAAGAUGAAGAGGAGGAAGAGGAGGAAGACGAGGAAGAGGAAGAAUUUACACCGUCAGCUUGGAACGCGACUUUAGCACCUCAUCGUUCCGCGUUGAGGUCUCCAGAUAAAACGUUGAAGUCUGGCGACGAUUCGGAUCAAAAGAAGAGCGUGUGGUUUAAGAAGCAACGCUACCAUUGUGUCUACGAAUAUCCAAAGGAAACGUUGACUGCGGAAACUCAAGGAGAACCGACUACUACUUGGGAGCCUACGUCGUACAGUGAUUGGGAGGAAAUGAUGGACGAACCAAGAUUGGAUCUGUAUCCCAUUGAUUACGAUGAUGUCAAUCAUACCGGAAACGAAGAAUUUUUCGUGAGCAGUUCAAAUCGUCCAUUUCAGUUUCAAACUAGCGACAGUAAAUAUGUGAGUCAAUUUUUUCCUGGUGCCUCGACGUCCGCGAACAAAGACCGGGACGAAGUAGACGGCGGCGAUCAUCAAGUAGUAUCUCAGAACGGAAUAGAAUUGUUGACUGAUUGUGGUCAGAUUCAACAGUAUCAAUUGGGAGAACUGAGACAUACCAGGGAUCGGUUGAAAUUGAAUUUAAACGGCGCACCGUUUGUUUCCGUUAAACAAGCAAAAGAGGACGACGAACAGAUGGAACGGCCGCUUGAUCAACAGAAGGUUUCGGAAAUCUCGGCGAGUACAGACAUUACCCAGGACCAACAUAUUCUAUCGAACUCCUCGGAUUACAAUACGUUACCAACGGUGCCUCCUAAAGACGUUCAACAAGAAGAUGUUAUCGACUCGACUUGUUCGAAAAGUGCCCAAUGUGAUAGCCAAGGUAAAAUCGAGCCUAUCGACAAGUGUAGUGUUUCGACGCGCGAGUAAUGUGUCUCGAAGACGAUAGUAAAAAAUGUUAAAAGAAUGAUAAUUUAGCUAAAGUCCGUCCGAACUAAUUUCAUUGCAAAAAGCAUAGCGAUUGCUCGACGAGAUCACUGUUUAAUGAAUCUCGAAUCGUUGUACAUAAGACGUAGCAAAUUUUUAUUGCGGCUGAGACUCGAUCGAUUGUCUAUAGUAUUAUAUUAUUUUGAUUUGUUGUAUAAAAACGGGAUAUAGAGCUUAAUGUUGAUAUAAUUUUUGAUACGAUCAGCUUGAUGGCGAUAAAACGAGUACCGUGAACAUUAAUUAUUAAUUGACUCGACUAGCGGACAAUCGACUUUUAAUGGCUAUAUCAAAAACUGUUUAGUAAUUUUCACUUCGUAUCUGUACAUAUUUAUUAUUAAACAUUGUUCAGUAACGUAAUCGUUAUCAGACGAGUAGGACUCGAGUAAGUCACUGUUAUUUUUAUCGGUGAUGAUUAUUCAUACUGAUUUUCGAUCAUUGUUACCUUUAAAUACGAUAUUUUUCUUGAUAUUAAAAGUUACAUUUGUAGAAAACCAGCUCUCUACUAUAAAAAGUAUUAUAGUGUCGAUCGUGGGACGGUAAUAAUAUUAAACCGAGUCUCAAUUAUUAUCAGUAAGGAAAUGUAUAAAUAGCUCACGCACGAAUAAUUUUUUAUAAAUGUAUAUUAUACUUGUUACUUUUACUAGGAUCUGUGAUGGGCACAAUUUUGUGCACUUUCAUUUCACUUAAUUUCCCGAAUUCAAUUGAGACCUCAAAGUAGCACAAAAGACAAGCUGCCGUAAUUUAUCGCAUACUAUUUUUCAACGUUUGAUAAAUAUUUCAACGUGUGUUACCUUCCCAGCAGCUUUUCACGUUUACACGAUAUCCUUUUUUAUAGAAUACUUUGGCGAACGUUACGUGAAAUCCAAGUGCACAAGAACGAUUGUUUAUUAUGAACAUAGUAUUAAAUAUUAGAUUCACGAUAUGCAAGUAUUUAUUUGAAUAUGAGAAUAACAAAUACCAAUGAUAACUUGAUACUUGUUAAUUAUUCAAACGCUAUGCAAUUUUUAACGAAAAUACAUUAGGAAAUUUUCAACGUUACCAUGACAAGAAGAGAACCAUCGAGCAACAAAAUUAGAAAGAAUUAGAAAUAGAAAUGUUUGGUAUUUGUAUCGAUAUAUACACUCUGAUUUCAUCGACAUGUGUGAACUUUGAAAACAUGUAAAACUACUAUUACGCGAUUUUACUACCACUACAGUUAUUAUUCUUAUUAUUAUUGUCAUUCUUCUUAUUAUUGCUAGUAACGCUAACUCUGUGCUCAUUAUAACACAUACAAUAUUAAUAGAGAAUAAUUAAUAUAUUGUUAUACGAA